AUAAAACCGAACCCUGACGUUGUAGCCUGCUACAGUAUGUCUACCAUACCUACACAUGUACCUUACCCCACCACAUGGUUGGUGCUGGAACCUAGCGGCAAGGGAAGUUUGCCUCAUCAGACUUGGUCAAGUGUUGAAAUCCGAUAGGGGGGAGCAGUAUGGCCAGCCGAUGCGCUAUAAGGCUCAAAAUAACCACCUCAAAUUUAUGCUGUGGGGUUACUGUCUCCAAAAACCAGGCGACCUGAAUGAAACCGCGUCAAUAAGGACACUUCUCUGAGGCUUCUCUGGACCAAUAAAGUGGCAUGGCUGGCCUGUCGUUCUGUGGCAACAAUGUGACCAAGAAUGCCUACAGUGUGGAUACGGGGAUGUUGAACAAUGGCUGCUUCGUGGACGCCCUCAACCUGGUCCCUCACGUCUUCCUGCUCUUCAUCACCUUCCCUAUCCUCUUCAUUGGCUGGGGCAGUCAGAGCUCUAAGGUUCAGAUCCACCAUAACACCUGGCUCCACUUCCCUGGACACAACCUGCGCUGGAUCCUCACAUUCACUCUGCUGUUUGUCCACGUCUGUGAGAUCGCUGAGGGAAUCGUCUCCAACAAACAGAUGGACACCAAUCACCUCCACCUCUUUAUGCCAGCGUUUAUGGGUUUCAUAGCAGCCACUACAUCUGUGGUGUACUACCACAACAUAGAAACCUCCAACUUCCCCAAACUACUGCUGGCUCUGUUUAUCUACUGGGUUCUGGCGUUCAUCACCAAGUCCAUCAAGCUGUGGAAGUUUGCAGAGUACGGCGUUGGAGUGCUGCACCUGAGGUUCUGUAUCACAGCCCUGCUGGUCGUUCUGUACGGACUCCUCAUGGCUGUAGAGAUCAACGUCAUCAGGGUCAGGAGGUACGUGUUCUUCGCCAACCCCCAGAAGGUAAAGCCUCCAGAGGACCUUCAGGACCUGGGAGUGAGGUUCCUCCAGCCCUUCGUCAACCUUCUCUCCAAGGCCACAUACUGGUGGAUGAACCCCCUGAUUAUAGGAGCCCAUAAAAGACCCAUUGAGCUGAAGAAGAUUGGCAAACUCCCCAUCGCCAUGAGAGCCCUCACCAACUACCUGAAGCUCAAAGACGCCUACGAGGAUCAGAGGCAGAAUGCCGAGGACCCAGAGAAGGCUCCAUCCAUCUGGCGUUCUAUGUACCGGGCGUUUGGAAGACCCAUCCUCCUCAGCAGUACCUUCCGUUACCUGGCGGAUCUGCUGGGCUUCGCCGGGCCGCUCUGCAUCUAUGGCAUCGUCGAACAUCUCAACAAAAAGCCCGUCAAGGAAGGGAGUGUG